AACACCUUGCAUCCCAUCUCCGACCGAACAGCCACUUCGCUGCAUCUCUACUCCAGAUUCCUCGCGACAUCCCACGAAAAACCAUCUCGACCAUGUCUAUCCAGGACCGAGCCCAGGCCCAGCUGUCGCAGCUCGACAAAGAGCUGUCCAAAUACCCCGCCCUCAACAACUUUGAGAAGCAGACGUCGGUCCCCAAGGUCUACAUGGUCCUCGGCCUCGCGGGCCUGUACUUCUUCCUCAUCUUCUUCAACAUCGCCGGAGAGUUCCUUGUCAACAUUGCCGGAUUCGUCCUGCCCGGCUACUACUCGCUCGAGGCUCUCUUCUCCGCAAGCAAGGUCGAUGACACCCAGUGGCUGACCUACUGGGUGACCUUUGCUUUCCUGACCGUCUUUGAGAGCGCCGUCAGUGCCAGCUACUGGUUCCCCUUCUACUACACCUUCAAGUUCAUCCUUGUCCUCUGGAUGGCCCUCCCCCAGACAUCUGGUGCCCAGAUUGUCUUCCGAUCGUUCCUCCAGCCCGUCUUCUCGCGCUACUUCUCCCAGUCUGGCUCUACCGCCGCCGACCUCCGUGCCAAGGUCGACUCCGCCGGCAAGCCCCACGCCUCGUAGACCAGUCGUAGCUACAGCACUCCUGACAGUCGCAUGACCAGAUCAGUUUAAGCGCGAGGAAGUCCAUAACCUGCCAUCUGCUGUGCGGAGGCCAAUCGAUACGGACUUUCCGAGGCGUGCGGCUGUUGUAGCUUGGAAUCGCAUCGCGGGUGAAAGUAUAUAGAUACGGACAGUGUUCACAAAUGGUUUAGCACAGGAUAGGAGACGGACAUCCUUACAUGUCAUGAUUACUCGGGCAAGAAGCAAUGCAUUGGGUAGCAGGUUGCUUUCUUUGGCUCAGGAGUUUAAGAAUUUGCCUGUGAGCAAUAACAUCAUGUACCAACAGGGCACCUGCCUUUUGGCAAUGAUCAAUUACAAUUAUGCCCAUACGCUUCAUG